GAUGGAAAGUCAGUUCGCAUUCAACAAGCAACGAGGGAGCAGUUCUCUAAAGGAAUAUUUCAGUUUGAAAAGUAUCAAAAGGAUUUAAUAAAUAACUUAAAAAUGUCGCCGCCGCAUCACGAUCGCCUGUUCGGAAUCCACCUAGGCCUGAAUUUGGGUGGAGGUGGACAUCAUCACCACCACCAUCCACCACCGCCUCCGGUGCAUCACCAUCACCACCACGGACCCCCAAUGCACCACCACGGACCUCCACCACCGCCGCACCACCACCACCACUACGGACCUCCACCACCGCCGCCCCACUUCGAUCAUCAUCAUCACCACCAUGGAGGCCACUUUGACCAUCAUCAUGGUCCUCACCAUCAUCACCAUUGCUAGUGCAAUCCUGAAGGAAGGGUUUGGAGAUCGCAGUCAUCAGGCUGGGAAAUAAUGAAAAUAGUUAUAAACGAAUUUAAUUUAUUAUAUAACGUGUACUAAAAAUCAAAACGAAAAAAAAAAAUCAUUAAAACCAAUACCUUAAACUUAAA